CGGGUGGCCGCGCCGGGGGCGGGAGGGCUGCUGUGGUAGGAAGGGAGGUGCACUCGGCCGGGCGCGCCGCCCCAGUGCUCUGUGGGAUACUGGAAGUCUCGAGCGUCUCCUCCCGGUUCCCAGCCCUCCUCAGGCCCGCACUCAUAGAAACAGUCACACACCCCCUGCCUCCCCUCUCUUCCCUCGCCGCCUCCCCCUUCCCCCUCGCGAUAAGAAGACCCGGCGGCAGGAGAGGGGAUGAAGAUGGCGGACGCGAAGCAGAAGCGGAACGAGCAGCUGAAGCGCUGGAUCGGCUCCGAGACGGACCUCGAGCCUCCCGUGGUGAAGCGCCAGAAGACCAAGGUGAAGUUCGACGAUGGCGCCGUCUUUCUGGCUGCCUGUUCCAGCGGCGACACGGACGAGGUCCUCAAGCUGCUGCAUCGCGGCGCCGACAUCAAUUACGCCAAUGUGGACGGACUCACUGCCCUGCAUCAGGCUUGCAUUGAUGACAAUGUUGAUAUGGUGAAGUUUCUGGUAGAAAAUGGAGCAAAUAUUAAUCAACCUGAUAAUGAAGGCUGGAUACCACUACAUGCAGCUGCUUCCUGUGGAUAUCUCGAUAUUGCAGAGUUUUUGAUUGGUCAGGGAGCACAUGUAGGAGCUGUCAACAGUGAAGGAGACACACCUUUAGAUAUUGCAGAGGAGGAGGCAAUGGAAGAGCUACUUCAAAAUGAAGUUAACCGGCAAGGGGUUGAUAUAGAAGCAGCUCGAAAGGAAGAAGAACGGAUAAUGCUUAGAGAUGCAAGGCAGUGGUUGAAUAGUGGCCAUAUAAACGAUGUGCGGCAUGCGAAAUCUGGAGGUACAGCACUUCAUGUUGCAGCCGCUAAAGGCUAUACAGAAGUUUUAAAACUUUUGAUACAGGCAGGCUAUGAUGUUAAUAUUAAAGAUUAUGAUGGCUGGACACCUCUUCAUGCUGCAGCUCAUUGGGGUAAAGAAGAAGCGUGCCGAAUUUUAGUGGACAAUCUGUGUGAUAUGGAGAUGGUCAACAAAGUGGGCCAAACAGCCUUUGAUGUGGCAGAUGAAGACAUUUUAGGAUAUUUAGAAGAGUUGCAAAAAAAACAAAAUCUGCUCCAUAGUGAAAAACGAGAUAAGAAAUCUCCAUUAAUUGAAUCAACAGCAAAUAUGGACAAUAACCAGUCACAGAAGACCUUCAAAAACAAAGAAACACUGAUUAUUGAGCCAGAGAAAAAUGCAUCCCGUAUUGAGUCUCUGGAACAAGAAAAGGUUGACGAAGAAGAGGAAGGGAAGAAAGAUGAAUCCAGCUGUUCCAGUGAAGAAGAUGAAGAAGAUGACUCAGAAUCAGAAGCUGAAACAGAUAAGACAAAACCCAUAGCUUCUGUAACAAAUGCCAACACUUCUAGUACACAAGCAGCUCCCAUAGCUGUAACAACACCUACUCUGUCAUCCAGUCAGGCAACGCCCACAUCACCUAUUAAAAAGUUUCCAACAUCAACUACAAAAAUUUCUCCCAAAGAAGAAGAGAGAAAAGAUGAGUCUCCUGCAUCUUGGAGGCUAGGACUUAGAAAGACUGGCAGUUAUGGUGCACUUGCUGAAAUCACAGCAUCAAAAGAGGCUCAAAAGGAAAAAGACACUUCAGGGAUUAUACGUUCAGCUUCAAGCCCCAGACUUUCCUCUUCUUUGGAUAAUAAAGAAAAGGAAAGAGAUACUAAAGGUACAAGGCUUGCAUAUGUUGCACCUACAAUACCAAGACGGCUAGCUAGUACAUCUGACAUUGAAGAGAAGGAAAACAGAGACUCUUCAAGUUUGCGAACAAGCAGUUCUUAUACCAGAAGAAAAUGGGAAGAUGAUCUUAAAAAAAAUAGCUCAAUUAAUGAAGGAUCAACUUAUCAUAAAAGUUGCUCCUUUGGUAGAAGACAAGAUGAUUUGAUUAGUUCUAGUGUUCCAAGCACCACAUCAACACCAACAGUUACCUCUGCGGCUGGGCUUCAGAAAAGCCUGCUUUCCAGCACAAGCACUACUGCAAAGAUUACAACGGGUUCUUCCUCAGCAGCCACACAGAGCAGUACCUCAAAUCGUUUGUGGGCUGAGGAUAGUACUGAAAAAGAAAAGGACAGUGUUCCUACGGCAGUGACCAUUCCUGUUGCUCCAACUGUUGUAAAUGCUGCAGCUCCUACUACAACCCUGACAACAACUACUGCUGGCACUGUCUCCUCUACAUCAGAGGUCAGGGAGAGACGCAGAUCAUACCUCACUCCUGUUAGGGAUGAAGAAUCUGAAUCCCAAAGAAAAGCAAGGUCUAGACAAGCAAGACAGUCUAGAAGAUCAACACAGGGAGUGACAUUGACUGACCUUCAAGAAGCUGAAAAAACAAUAGGAAGAAGUCGUUCUACAAGAACUAGAGAACAAGAAAAUGAAGAAAAAGAAAAAGAGGAAAAAGAAAAACAGGAUAAGGAGAAACAAGAGGAAAAGAAGGAGUCAGAAACAUCUAGAGAAGAUGAUUAUAAACAAAAGUACUCCAGAACAUAUGAUGAGACUUAUCCACGUUAUAGACCAGUAUCAACUUCAAGUUCAGCUACUUCAUCCUCUUCACUUUCUACGAUGAGCAGUUCACUCUAUGCUUCAAGUCAACUAAACAGGCCAAAUAGUCUUGUAGGGAUAACUUCCGCUUACUCCAGAGGAUUGACAAAAGAAAAUGAAAGAGAAGGAGAAAAAAAAGAAGAUGAAAAAGAAAGUGAGGAUAAAUCACAACCUAAGUCCAUCAGAGAACGACGGCGACCAAGAGAGAAAAGAAGGUCUACAGGAGUUUCCUUUUGGACACAAGAUAGUGAUGAAAAUGAACAAGAACAACAAUCAGAUACAGAAGAGGGAUCCAAUAAAAAAGAAACUCAGACGGACUCCAUUUCUAGAUAUGAAAGCAGUUCCACAUCAACUAGUGAUCGGUAUGAUUCCCUGCUGGGUCGCUCUGGAUCAUACAGUUACUUAGAAGAAAGAAAACUUUAUAGUAGCAGGUUGGAAAAGGACGACUCAACUGAUUUUAAAAAGCUUUAUGAACAAAUUUUAGCUGAAAAUGAAAAGCUGAAGGCACAGCUACAUGAUACAAAUAUGGAACUAACAGACCUUAAAUUGCAGUUGGAAAAGGCCACCCAGAGGCAAGAAAGGUAUACUGAUAGGUCACUAUUGGAAAAGGAAAAAAGGGUGACCGGCAAGAGUCAGUAUCUUCUGGGCGGAACGAAGAGCUCUAGAAAGAAGAAUAUCUGAAAUGGAAGAAGAGCUCAAAAUGUUACCAGACCUAAAAGCAGACAACCAGAGGCUAAAGGAUGAAAAUGGGGCCUUGAUCAGAGUUAUAAGCAAACUUUC